AUGUCGCAAAUCGUCGAACACAUCGUACUCUCCAAAGUGAAAGACAACGCCGACCCGUCUCUGGUCAACGGCAUGUUCGACGGCCUCAACGCCCUCAAGUCGCUCGACCAGGUUCUCUACCUCACCGCCGGCAAGCUCCUCCGCGUGCGGUCGCCGUCCGACAACUUCACCAAUGUCGUCCACGCUCGGUACAAAUCCAAAGACGACCUUACCGCCUACUCGCUCCACCCCGAUCACGUCAAACUCGGAAAGCAGUACUCGGAGCACAUCAUCGACGACUUUAUGGCCCUCGACUGGGUCGCCGCAGAUUUCGACGGGCCGGUGGCGCCACCGCCCGGCUCUCAGGUGGAAAUCGCGUUCAUGAAGUUGAGGGGCGGGUUGGGCGAGGAAGAGAAGGAGGAGGUGUUAGCAGCCAUUGGCGGGAUUGCGAAGGACUGUUCUGGUUCUGGUUGUGGUUUAGCCAGUCAGAUCAACUAUGGGGAGAAUUUCUCGCCCAGAUGUAAAGGGUUUUCGGUGGGAUUGGUGGCGGUUUAUCCAGAUUUGAAGAGUCUGGAGGAGGAAAAUGUGGUGAAAUUGGUGGAAGAAAGAGUGGGAGAGAAACUGGAGCAUGUUAUCGUGUUUGAUUACAUAGUUCCGCCGCCUUACCCUCCCUAUAUCUAG